GAAUUCUUUUUAUUUUCUUUGAUGACAAUAUCACCUACAUCCACAUCAUUCUGUGAUAUUUUGUACUUAUUUUGAUUUUAAUUAAAAAUUUUUAUACAACAAUGACUACCCAUCGUAAAACAACAUCAAAUGCACAAUUGGACGUAAAACCUUUGUUCGAAAAGAUUCGUGAAUCAGUUGUCAAAUUGGAUGCCUAUCCAAAAACUUUAGAGGAUUUCAGAAUAAAAACAUUUGGUGGUGCUACAGUGACAAUCAUCAGCAUCGUAUUGAUAGUUAUAUUAUUCAUGCUCGAAUUACAUCAUUAUUUAACGCCUUUCGUUCAAGAAGAAUUGCUUGUUGAUUUAUCCAGUGGAAAAAAGACAAAAAUCAACUUUGAUAUAACGUUUCCUCAUGUCGUUUGUUCACACUUGUCAUUGGAUGCGACCGAUGUUUCGGGUGAACAACAUAUUAACAUACAACAUGAUAUUUUCAAACGAAGAUUAAAUGAACGUGGUGAUCCUAUUGAACUGCCUCAGAAAGACAAUACCAUAGUAACAAAGAAAAGUUCAAAGAAAAUCAACUCGAAUCAAAAUGGCCUUGACGAUUCAAUUGUAACGACAUUAGAUCCGAAUCGAUGUGAAAGUUGUUAUGGUGUUGAAGAUACGAUUAAAAAAUGCUGUAAUACUUGUCAAGAUGUUCGUGAAGCAUAUAACGCUAAAGGUUGGGUAUUCGAUCCUGUCAAUGUUGAACAAUGUAAAAGAGAAGGCAUUAUAAGCAUGAAUAAUACGUCCAAAGAAGGAUGCCAAUUAUUCGGCUCGAUCGUAGUGAAUAAAAUCGCUGGAAAUUUUCAUAUUGCACUUGGACAAAGUUUUGAGAAACAUCAUGUACAUGUUCAUGAUAUCAACUUGGGCGAAUUGAUCUCGAUGAACACUUCACACCGUAUCAAUCAUCUAUCAUUUGGACAAAAAGUCCACACCAUUGAAAAUCAAUUGGAUGGAGUUUGGUUCAUUAGUGAACAAGGUCAUGGUUUAGCUACAUUUCAGUAUUACAUCAAAAUUAUACCGACAAUCUAUCAGGAUCUCAGGAGUCAGCAAAUUGAAACGAAUCAAUUCGCUGUGACUAGAUUUAAAAAAGAAUAUGGUUCAACGUUAGAUGCAAUAACGGAUGCAAGGUUACCGGGCGUAUUCUUUAUCUAUGAAUUUGGUCCAAUGUUAAUCAAAUAUAGUGAACAACACCGAUCUACAUUACAUUUCCUGACCAAUUUAUGCGCAAUAAUUGGUGGUAUAUUGACGGUGGCCAGUAUUAUCGAUUCGUUUAUCUAUCAUUCACAUCGAGCUUUACGGGCUAAAAUUCAAAUUGGAAAAUUGGGCUGAUUUUCAUUUAUUUACAAAAGAAUGCAUAAUUUUUUUUCUUUUUUUGUUUAUAUAUUGAGAUUUAAUUAUUU